GCCAAUCGGACGAUACAAGACGCAGUUAAAACCAGACAUUACCUCCGACAAGGUCGUAGGGAAACGUUAUUGCUACAGACUUUUCUUACUGCUGUGCCGACCGUAAUCUGUUAUCAGUGUGCUACAAAUUUUAUGUGUAAUUGAAAUAAUUGGAAAAGUGAAGUUAUGACGAUUCGAAUGCACGGAUGUUGACGGGUAGUUUGAAACGGAACCAGUUUUUCCUCGCUUACCUGCUAUUAAUAAGAAGACAGUACACCAUCUAAUUAAACAAACCAGUGGAUGACUUCACAAUGUCGCUCUCAACGAGCCGACAGCAGUUCCUGGCCUACGAAACCCAGAGCCCAGAGGACAUCCAGUACGGGCGAAAGGGCGGUGUGUUCGUCUCCUCCUGUAUCUGCGUCACAUUCAUAUUGUUAGCCAUAGUCUUGGCUGCUUUGGUCGGCGUGAUAGUCUACUUCAUCACGUUUUUCAAAUUGUCACAGAAAAUACCAGCUGCAGAGUUUUGGGAUGAAACUGAACCAUUUGGCAACUUUGAACAGCCCUCACCCGAUCUCCGACUCCCAGCGCACGUGGUGCCAAGCUUUUAUCGCUUGAAACUCCACACUGACUUGGAGUCGUCACUCUUCACAGGGGAAGUCUAUAUAACAAUAAGAGCGAGCCAACCUGUGAAAGAAAUAAUUUUACACUCCAAAGAUCUCAGUAUUAAUAGUAACGCUAAGCUGACUGAACAAAUUUAUGAAAGAGUAGAAACUAUUCAUACAAAAUCAAAACGUGAGAUUAAUACUAACAAUGAAACUUCAUCUAUAACAAAUGAUAUAUUUAAUGAAACCUCUAUUCAGAAAAAUGAGACCACCAUAAGAGAAGCCGAAGUAAUAACAACAACAGCAAUACCCAUUACUGCUACAAGUGAACAGAAUAUUUCUGAAACCACAGUUCAGUCAGUAACAGAGCCGGCGAUUCCAAAAAUAGACACACAGGUCACACAUAGUAGUGUCCGUAACAUAAAAAUUGUGUCGAUAACUGAAGCCACUGGUGACAGACUAAUUCUCAAACUUGAGUCCACCCUCUCAACCAAUAUUGAUUAUACUCUUCAAUUAACUUUCGGUGGUCAAAUAUCAAAUUCCUUGACUGGGUUUUAUAAAAGCACCUACACAGACAGCAAAGAUGUUGUAAAGAAGCUUGGUGUAACACAGUUCGAGCCAACGUCGGCGAGAUCGGCGUUCCCAUGCUUCGACGAACCAGCCUUCAAGGCAAUGUUUGAAAUCAGCAUCGCGCACCCUGAUAACAUCACAGUGCUCUCCAAUAUGAAGGUGUCCACACAAGAAGCCAUCUCAGAUGAACCGGGCUGGAAAUGGACGCACUUCGAGCGCUCUGUCAACAUGUCGACAUACCUAGUGGCGUACUUUUUGUCCGAUUUCGGAUCUUUAGAGACAAGCUACCUGAGUAAAGACAACAUCACAAAGGCGAUCAGGAUAUGGACAAGGCCAGAUUUGAUAAACAAAGCCAAAUACGCUCUCGACAUAACUCCGAAAUUGCUCAGCUACUAUGAGGAUGUGUUUGGAGUACCUUAUGCGUUGGACAAGGUGGACUUGGUAGCUGUACCGGACUUCUCCAGUGGUGCUAUGGAAAAUUGGGGCUUAAUAACAUUCAGGGAAACCACUCUGCUUUUCGACGAAGUUGAUGGUGUACCACGCGAAAAGCAAAACGUAGCUAUUGAUAUUGCCCACGAAUUGGCGCAUCAGUGGUUUGGAAACCUCGUCACCAUGCGAUGGUGGACCGAUCUCUGGCUCAACGAGGGCUUCGCUACCUACAUCGAGUAUGUCGGAGUGGAUUACAUCGAACCCAAAUGGAACAUGUUCGAGUCUUUCGUCCGGGAUAAGAUGGAUCUGCUCCGUUCGGACGCACUCAAGAACACAUCGCCGGUAUCCAGGAAAGUCAUCGACGCCUCAGAAAUAUCACAGAAGUUCGAUGAAAUAUCGUACAACAAGGGCGCCAAUCUCAUCAGGAUGCUUAACCAUACUAUAUCCGAGGAGCUGUUCCAUAAAGGACUAGUCAUCUACCUGAACGAUUGGAAAUAUACAAACGCCGAGGAGAACGACCUAUGGGAAGCCAUGUCUAAAGCGACUUCCGAUGCGGCGCCAUUGAAAGAUCUUUCCGUUGUGGAAUUCAUGAACACGUGGACUCGCCAGGCAGGGUAUCCCGUUCUCAAUGUCUCCAGGGACUACGAGACUGGCCAUGUGGAAAUACGACAGAGGCUAUUCACCAGCGCCAAGGAACCUUACUCGAAUAUGCUAGAACAAAUCUGGCACAUCCCAAUCAGUUACGCCACUGUAGACAGUCCUACCUCCGAAUGGACCACAAAGCCCAAACUCUGGCUUAAACAACGCACUCAAGUUGUUCAACUUCCGAUCAAUAGCAGCGAAGCUUUGUACGUCAACGUCGACGCUAUCGGUUAUUAUCGCGUGAACUACGACAAAAGGAACUGGGAGCUUCUCAGCGCGGCACUCAAAUCGGGUCGUAUAAAGUCGCCCAUAGCCAAGGCCCAGCUGAUAGACGACGCUUUCAACUUGGCCAAAGUGGCCCAACUGGACUACAGCUAUGCAUUGGGAUUGACUAAUUGCGUAGCGAAUGGAGAAGAUUCUAAAAUCGUUUGGGAUAUGCUACUCAAUAAUAUGGGAUUCCUCAAGCACAACCUGAAAGCUACCUCGGGAUACGUCUAUUUCCAAGACUACAUGAGAAUGAUAAUGAAGAAGCAAUUGGAGCGGCUGAACUACGGCCUCGGCAAGCCGCGGGACGAUAACGAGGCGUUCCUCGCGGAAAAUCUCGUCAUGUGGGAAUGCUUCAUGGAAUCGCCCCGCUGUCUCACCUGGGCCCGGGACCAGUUCCACGCCUGGAUGAACAAGACCAACAUCAAGGAUAACCCCAUUCCGAGCUACCUUCGUUCGUUGGUGUACUGCGUCGCCUUAAAAUAUGGCGGUCGGGAAGAAUGGGAAUUCCUUUGGCGCGUAUUCCUCACUUCCACCGAGCCAGGGGUGAGGAGUCUGGCCAUCAACUCGCUGCCCAGCACCAGGGACGAGGGCCUGAUCACCAGGUUGUUAGAGAAGAGUUUGACCGAAAUACCGAAGCAAUACGCGGUGGCGGCUUGGAGUGUAGAAGCUCCAAUAGGCACUCGUUUGGCUCAAGACUUCCUCGUGGAGAACUUUGACAGGGUCCAUAGGAAAUUCACCGAUAUGGACUCCUUCAUGUUCCCUUCAGUCCUCAACGGUGCCUUUGGAGGCAUUCAGAGUGAAGAAGAACUGGACAAGCUAAAAUCUCUAGCGGUGAAACACAAGCAGCAGCUACUGCCGAUGUCUCAAACCCUCCAGAAGCUUAUAGACACGGCGACGCUUCGCAUCGCUUGGGUGAGACGGUACGCGGCCGAUAUCAACGCAUGGUUCGAGAAAUACGUCACAAACGCUACAUCGAACCAUACGUCUACAACGCCAUCUAGCGCCGCACAGAGCACUACCGUCUCUACAACUGAUGUAUCAUCCGCUGACACUCCCGGAUUUCCUCCCACUACUCCGACAGCGACUGACACUAGCAAUAAAACCACUGCAAUAGAUACUUAGCUCUCCAAUGGUUAAAAUCGGGACCCAUGAUCGAAAGACAAUUAUUUGUUGAAAAUCCACAGAAUCUCCCAACUUUGUUUUAAUUGAAAUAAUGCAAUUAGUAAUGUUGUACAUUUACUGGACUGUGACGUGAUUGUGACCUUUUCAACGUAUCAAUGUUUAAUUUUAACAAAAUUGAUUUAAUUGUUUGAAUUUACUUAUGUUUCAUAACAUACUUUAUUUCAACGUUUAAAAUAAAGUAUGAUCAACGGAUCGUGUCAAAUAUUUUUGAAAGGAGAGAAUUUUAGGAAUAAAUUAAUCAACGCGAAAUAUAAGCCUCCUAAUUAUCUAAGUAGAUAGGUGGAUUGACCAAUUUCACUUCAAAAACAAAAGUAAAGUUAAUGAAAUAAGUUUUACAUUAUCACAAAUUCGUCGUUUAGUUUAAAAAAUAUAAUUAUAGUGUUCAACUAGUCACAUGCUCAUACUGUUUGAAGUACUUUAAUAAAUUUUAAAGCCUAACAGUAUGAUAGAUAUUCGACUAACUUAACACCUAAUAAAUCGUAUUCCAUGUUCGUGUGUUAACAUUCCAUUGAGUAAUUAAUUAUUUUAGCAUUAUUUAGUGUUUACAAAUAUUAAUUUCUGGAGGUGAUUGCGCGGGGUAUACUCUCAAACCCUUAUUAAUAAAUUAGGAAUAACCUUAGACUAGUUACGCCGUGUUUUUUUCAUAUCACUUAAAUGCCAUUUGUCAUUCGAUAAACAUAGAAAAAAUAUGGAGUAACUAAUCCAAACUUAAUCUAUGUUAAAUAAAACCAGUUGUUACGGGUUAAUGCACGAAACUUUAUUUAUUUAUUGACGUUUCGUAGCCUUUACAGGCUUCGUCGUCA